AUGUGCUCAGUUGUUUCCCCUUGUCGUCUUCUACUUUUUGCCGAUGACUCUAAAAUUUUUCACAUGAUUACCUCAAAUAAUGACUGCAUCACUCUCCAAAAUACCCUUGAUAAAUUCACUAGUUGUAAAUGUAAAGUAAUGAUUUUCUUUCGUUCUAAGUCAGUGAUAUCUUUUGACUAUAAGCUUGAUGGUAUAUCUAUUCAGCAUGUUAAUCAGGUCCAUGAUUUAGGCAUAUUAUUUGUACCUUCCCUUAAUUUCAGCCCUCAUAUUGAUUAUGCAACCAGCAAAGCUUUUCGUGUUUUGGGAUUUAUAAGACGGCACUCAACCAAUUUCAGCUCUCCCAAGUGCCUUUUAGNUCACUCAACCAAUUUCAGCUAUCCCAAGUGCCUUUUAGCUCUCUAUAGUGCACUAGUCCGGUCGGUUAUUGAAUAUGGGUCUAUUGUUUGGUCACCUUAUACCGCAGUUGACAUCUGUCGGAUCGAACGUGUACAAAGUAGUUUUAUGCGUUUCACCGGUAAUUGCCUCAACAUUCCUCAUCCACCACAUGAAUACGAGCCAGUAAGUCAAGCUCUGAGACUUGUUCCUCUUUCUGUUAGGCGUGAUAAUUUUGGUAUCACUUUUAUUCAGCGUCUGAUCGAAGGUCAAGUUGAUGCUCCCAGGCUUCUUGGAGAACUAUGUUUUCGGAUUCCUAGUAAUACUAGGCUUCAGUGUAAUUUUUAUAUCCCCACCAAUAAAACUAACUUCUCCAGGAAUGCUCCACUUAUAAGGAUGAUGUGUAAUGCAAAUAAUAAAAUAUGUUAUUAA